ACUUCAUUUCCUGUUUGCCCAGCGUGGAGAGCACAGGUGACCACAGAUACCUCAUCAGCACAGGUAACCAUGCAGGCUGAUAAUCGAAAAAGAGCACCAGCAUGGACCGUGAGGGAGGUACUGGAUCUGAUCGCUGUAUGGGGAGAGGAUUCAGUGCUUGCAGAACUUCGUUCUAAAAGACGAAAUGCAAAAACUUUUGAAAAAAUUUCCAAGGGCAUGAUGGAGAGAGGCCACAAUAGGGACUCUGAGCAGUGCCGCGUGAAGGUCAAGGAGCUCAGACAAGCCUAUCAAAAAACAAAGGAGGCAAACGGUCGCUCUGGGUCAGAGCCGCGGACAUGCCGCUACUACGCCGAGCUGCAUGCAAUUCUAGGGGGGGCUGCCACCACUACCCCACCUUUGUUCGUGGAUUCUGGGUCGGGGAUAGUCUCGACGCCUGAGGAUUCUGCCGAUGGGGUAGAGGAGGAGGAGGAGGAUGAGCUUGCAGAGAGCACACAGCACUCCAUUCUCCCCAACAGCCAGGAUCUUUUUAUCACCCUGACUGAAGUACCCUCCCAAGCCUCCCAAGCCAGUACCCAAGACUCUGACCCCAUGGAAGGGACCUCAGCAGCUGCAAAUUCCUCAAGCCUCCCUCCUCCAUCCCGAAGGUUAUCACAGAUAAGGCGUCGUAAGAAGAAGACGCGGGAGGACAUGUUUUCUGAAAUUAUGCAAUCCAGCAGGAGUGACAGAGCUCAUCUGAAUGAGUGGAAGGAAACAGUUUCAAAGUAUAGGAAAGAAGUCAGUGAACGUGAGGAGAGGAGGGACCAACGUGAGGAGAGGAGGGACCAACGUGAGGAGAGGAGGGACCAACGUGAGGAGAGGAGGGACGAUCGAGAUGAGAGAUGGCGGCAGGAAGACCAGAGGAUGAAGGAUGCAACGCUGGGGCUGCUCCGGCGUCUGGUGGAGGUUCAGGAACGGCUGCUGGAAAACAGACUGCCGCUUCAGCCCCUGUUCCACCCUCCCCCCUCCCCAUGUUCCGUAUCCUCCUCACCCAGACGUGUAAGAACGCGGGGGGGGAGGCUCCGUACACCUUCCCAUUCCACCCCAGUAGACAGCCCAAGCAAAAGGCUGUCAUUUUUUUAAC